GAGGAAACCAAGAACACGUAACCACGUGUUGUCUGCGCGUUCACGCGAAGAGAGUCUCAUUCCCAUCGUGACAGAAAAAUCCCACUCUGCUGAUCUAAUCGCCAUCUUAAGGGAAUAACUUGAAUAACGUGUCAUAUUUCUCUCUUCAGUGAGUCUGAGAAAGCAAGUCGCUGCAUGACCCGUUAUUUAGGACUUGGCAUCUGUAGAGUAAAUACAGCUUUAAAGUUACUGUGCUCGAGAUCAAUAGAGUUCUCUAGAUUUCUUCACGAAAAGACCGUUCUAGUGCUGGAGAAAAGAUGUCCAACUGCACCCUCCAAAUCAACCCCAUAGUCGAGGACCUACAAAAAGCCACUUCCAUUCCCACCUUCAUUUUCGGGGUCCUGGGGAACAUCUACGUCUUGGUGAUGUUCUGCCGCCGUCCCAGAGCCCAAUGGACCUACAUGAACGUCUACAUCACCAACAUGGCCAUCGCCGACUGUACUCUGUUGAUGACCAUGCCCAUUAAGAUUCAUUACUACAGCAGGCCAUUGGAAAAGCAUUUAAAGGGGCUGUGUAAUUUUGUUUUGUGGGUUUAUUACGUCAACAUGUAUGUGAGUAUCUUCCUGAUCACGGCCAUAAGCGUGGUGCGGUACGUGGCCAUCAAGUAUCCCAUGAAGGCCAGGAGUAUCUUCUCUUGCAGGAAGGCUCUGGUGGUUUGUGCGCUCAUAUGGUUCACCAUUCUCGCCAUCAGUCCGGUUUACUUCAUUUCCGACUCCGAUAACGACAAGACCAUGUGCUUCCAGAGGGUCAAGAGUGCAUUGUCGCUGCGUUUCGUAUUGUUGUUGAUCAUCGUCGGGUUCCUGGUGCCGUUCCUCAUCAUGAUGUUCUGCUCUGUUACAGUCGUUUGCACUUUAAGGAAACAGUUGGACAUCGGAACACGUUCGGAGAAGAUCCAGUGCAUGUUUAUCAUCGUGGCCAAUUUAGUUGUUUUCGUUGUAUGCUUUCUCCCCGUACACUUGGGUUACAUCGUUAAAUACAUCGUGCAAAACAAGUAUGACAACUUAGAAGAUAAUGACAGCUGUUACUAUAAACUGGUCGCGCACAACUUCCUGCACAUUGCUAUUUUCCUCUCCAAUAUGAACUGCGGUUUGGACUGCUUUUGCUAUUUUUUCGCAACCAAAACAUCUUGGAAUAUGUGCUGCAUGAAAGACACUAACAAUACUAAAGGUGAAUGUGAUAACAACACGGUUUCGGAUGCAGUUACUGCUCCUACAUAAACUUGUUUUGACUGUUUUUUUUAUUAUGUGGUUGCUUUUUGAACUUUGUAUACACUGUUCUCAAAAA